AUGACCACACCAACUUCAUUCAUCCACUUCGGCCUCCUCCCCACCGAGCUCCGCCUCGAGAUUUGGAGGUUGGCGCUUCCCGACGACUUUUCGUUCUUCCCUGUCACUAAGAUCUACACUCUGUUUUUCGUCAACCACGAAGCUCGUGAGGUUUCUCUUCCCUGGCUCAAGGAGCAGAAGCGCCGCUGGAAGCAUGCGUAUAGGCCGGGAGUCGAGAAACGAAAGCAGCUCCUGUUCGACCGGCACCGAAAAAUGCUCACCCUGGAAUGGAAAUUCAUGGACAGCUGUGAUACCCUUUACCUGUCUCCCAAGGCGUACGGAAGCCUACGAGUGGCCGCGCAGGGUGUUCAGCAUCGUGGGUUCAAUCAUUGGCUCAAUUUUCUGCUGAGGCGACUGGCGAUUCCGGCCGAGCUGUUGAGGGCGGAUAGGGAGGCGCUGCGAUGGAUUUUCCGGGCUUUGCCGUGGUUGAAGAUGGUCGUCGUCGUGAUGAACGCACUGCCGGAGGGGGGCAACGGGGUCCGAGUGCAGGAUCGCUGGACGAUUGACCAGCAGUCCUUGAUGACUGGGAAGUCCCUAAACUAUCUGGGUCACCGACAACCGCUCCGGUGGGAUGCAGCUCAGGAGAUCUUUAGUCCUGAGAUCUAUGCCUUGAUCGAGACGGCAGCCCACCGGAUCAAUAAGCUGGAUUUACUUGCCUCUAAUGAGUAUUCGAUCCAACCCGUUCUUGCUGUUAGCGGUUGUAGCGCUUAUGCAGAGUAUCGUGUCAGCGAGCGUCCUGGCCGGUUCUGGGUUUAUCCUCCUGAGCGUGAAGAUAUGCAAACUAUGGGAGUCAGAUACCCUUGGUAA